GGUGGGAACUGAUGUGCGCGUUGCAUUGGGCUUUCAUUUGGUGGAUGGAAUCUGGACCGUCUAUUCAAUUCCGAUCGCAUCUGAAGGGGUCUCCUGGUGGUGCCAAGAAUCACGGUGCGUGGCUGUCACCGGUUUGAUCACGUGACAGCUUCCUUCUCUUUAAUCGGUCUUAUCUGCUAAUUUCACGGUCUCUGUUUCGUGAUGAACCGCGGACACACAAUCGAAGACAUUCGGCUGAAGGGUAAACAAGUAAUUACAAGCGAUUCGAUUUUUCUAGAAAACCUCCUCCUCCCGUUCACUGUGGUGACCCUAACCAUCUUUCGCCCCCAAACAAAAACAUCUCUUCACGCUCGGUUGCUCUGUCACCUGAUGCGCCACCGCUUUCUGCCAUCUGCUGGUUCGCUGCCCGCCAUUCAUCAAAAGACAUCUCCACUGGUUUCUCUUUGUUUGCGCCGGAGAUUCGAAGCCCUGGAGGAGGACCAGAGAAGACUAUACUGUUGCCCAAGGAAGUAUCGGUCGGUAAAUCCAGAUUCUAGGCUCGAUCUCCUCUGCCUUCUCUGUGAUCCUUGAGUUCGUUGGUCUAUGUCUCUUCUUCGUGGCGGUGAUUUUAUUUGUUCAUACGGCGGUGGCGGCCAGGGUGAACGUACUGAAGGCGGCGGCUAAGAUCAGGAAGGUCCCGGCGGCUGAAGUCCUCGCUUCCCUGGCAGUGAUCAAGAAGGAGAAGGCUGAGCCGCCAUCGUUUCUUGAAACCCUCGGGAGGGACACAAGUCAGGAAAUUGUUUCACUCGGAGGACUGAUUUUAAGGAAACUAAGCCGGAUUCUUGUUGCGGUUUCCUAUAUACAUGUAUAUUAAUCGUGGUACUGAGUUGAUGUCUGAUCAGAAUGGAUGUUCAUGCUACUGCAGGAACUUCUAUCUGUGGGAGGGAAGUCGGUGGUUGAUGACAAAUCUGCAUUGGUUCGAAUCAUUGGAGGGUCCAGGCAUCGAGAAUGCUACGAACAAGCAUAUUGCAGAAGGUUUCUUCUCCCACAUUGAACGAGAUGUGCUGCUUUGUCCCAUUUGACUGCAGCAUACAGAAAAGAUGGAAGAAACCAGUGGAUUCUGCACAAACUCGUCUGGAGAACAGAACAAGAGAUCUCAAGCUUGACAAGCUGAUGAAUCAGUUGAAGAAGCUAAGGUUGGUAAUGGGAGUUCAUGAGCUAAUGGCAAAACGUAGGGGUCACUACACAUCCGUUCAGCUCCUCUCUAGAUGGAAACACAUGGUUGGCUUGAAUACAGAAAUAGGUGACUUUCUUCACAAGUAUCCCCAUAUUUUUGAGACGUACAUUCACCCUGUUAAGAAGAAUCUUUGUUGCAAACUCAGUCGAAAGAUGAUCGAUUUGAUUGCGGAGGAAGCUAGGAUCAUCAGAGCAUCUGAAUUUACUGUUGUUCAGCGUUUGAGGAAGCUUCUGAUGAUGUCAACUCUUGGAACGUUGAACCUCCAUGCACUAUGGCUUUCAAGGAGGGAGUUGGGAUUGCCAGAUGAUUUCAGGGAUUCAGUGAUUCCAAAGUAUCCAGAUUGUUUUAGAGUUGAACUUCCUGAUACCUUGGUACUCAUCUCUCGAGAUGCAAGUUUGGCUGAAGCUGAGAUUGAGAAAUGGAGGGAGAAAGAGAACAGAGAGAAAUGGUUGGGUGAGCACGAAACCAAGUAUGCUUUUCCAAUUCAGUUUCCUACAGGUUUUAAGAUCGAAAAAGGAUCGAGAGAAAGGCUGAAGAACUGGCAGAUGCUUCCUUACACAAAGCCUUAUGAGAAGAAGCAUGUUAUCAGGAUUUGCAAUGUUCUGCGUUUUGAGAAAUGUGCUGUCGGUAUUCUUCAUGAAUUUCUGAGUUUGACAAUGGAGAAGAUGGUUGAGGUCGAAAGGUUGUCGCAUUACAGAAGAGAUUUUAGCAUGGAAGUUAAUGUGAGGGAGCUCAUUCUUAAGCACCCGGGCAUAUUUUACAUCUCCACCAAGGGGAGCACCCAAACUGUGUUUCUUAGAGAAGCUUACAGCAAAGGUUGUCUGAUUGAGCCCAACCCUGUUUAUGCAGUACGAAGGAAAAUGUUGGACCUGGUUUCGCUGGGAUGCAGAAAUACCAACCCGAAGCGACGACUGGAGCAACUUGAUGAGCGAUGCGACAAGCAAUAUAAUGGAGAUCUGGUUGCUCAGAUGGCAGAAUGUCAUGAUGAAGAACAUAUCAUGGAGGAUCUCUGCAGCAGCUGUCUUCACUCUGAUGAGGAAGAUGCAGAGUGAAACUUGGGUUCCUCGUUGACGCAUGGGCUAGGAGAACGUAAGGUAGUUUGAAGCUUCAAAAUAGCUUAUUCCCUGUGUGAUUUUGCUCUGUUUGCAAAACAUGAUUUAAUCAGUCCAACGGAGCUUACAAUUUUGCUUUUGAAGAGUAAGCCGAAGCAGUAAUAUAGUAUGAUCUUGUCAAUUUGAUUAGCGGACUGGAUAGCUUGUACCCAGUGUAUCAUAGGGUGGACGUCACAGCUCCAUGGAAAUAUACUCUGUUCGAUAUUUUUGAUCUUGUAGUCUCCUAUGUCUUUUUUUCUCUCUUCUUUUUCAUUUGAUUUUUUUGGUUCUUGUGUGUUUGUAUCUUGGCACAAUAGGCAAUCAUUCAUGUUCUUGCUUUGAGGAUGAAGGUUUAGUCAAUACUUGUGGGGAUUGUGAGGAGAAAAUGUUCAUAAUGAAGGAAAAUCAUUUAGAUAAAGAAGGAUCGUCCAAGUUUUCAA